AAAGUUCCCUCCUAUUUAUUCUUUGGGGUUGGGGGCUGAUCUCUUUAGGCCUUCUAUGCUUGAUUUAUGAUUCCAAUUUCGUGAAAUCAAAUUGGGUUCUUCUGUUUCUACACUUAAUGUAGCAAAAUUUUAUACUCGGGGUUUAAGAAAUUUUGGAGGAUUUUACUACAAAUGUCAAGUAGCUCAAGGGGAUCUGGAGACAAGUCCAUUGAUGUUGAGGAACUCUCGGAGAUUGAAACAAGAUGCAGAGAGUUACGCAAAGAAAAACAGAUGUUGAAAGAAUCACAAAAUCAGGGCUUUGAACUAAUCCGGGGACUUGAGCUACAUGUGAAGUCACUAUCGGAAGCUAGUUUGCAAGACCAAAAACUUAUUCAAAAGUUGGAAAGAGAGCUUAAAAAUUGCUCUCAAGAAAUAGAUUACCUGCAGGAUCAACUAAGUGCAAGGAACGAAGAGGUCAAAUUUCUAAAUGACCAUGUGCAUGACCUUGGGAUCAAAUUGGCUGACAUGGGGGAUUUACGGGAGAAAAUUGGUCGAUUGAUAGGAGAGUUGAACAGGUCAAACUCCGAUCGGUUGUUACUAAUGCAGGAAUUAGAGAACAAAGAAGAAGAGCUGCAACAAUCGGCUUUGUGCAUAGAGAAGUUGGAGGAUUCGGUUUCAUCUACGGCAUUGGAGUCCCAGUGUGAAAUAGAAAGCUUAAAACUUGAUAUAACGGCCAUGGAGCAAAUGUAUCUUGAAGCUAGGAAGUUGGAGGAAGAAAAUGUUCAAGAAAAAUCCCAGAUGAAUCUUUUAAUUGAAGAAUUUGAGGUCCAGCUUCAGAAUGCACAGGAAAUUAUUGAAGAACUGGAGAACGAAAAUAAAGCGCUGCGAGGAAAGCUCACUGCAUUUGAAAAUAAUGCUAACAUAUUCUGUCAAAAGAUCAAGCAAUGGCUCAAAAGAAAGGACAGAACACAAUUCGAUACGAAUUCUAUCUACGGUGAACCAGAAAGCGUUAUUACAAUAUCAAAAGAUACAAGUGGCUGCAAAGAACUCUUUGGUGCACUCCUUUCGGAAGUGGCAUUAGUUCUGGAAUCUGAUUCCAACUCGAAGGAGCAGAUAAAAAACAUGUCACACCAGAUAAAUGAAUAUGAACUCUUGGUGAAGCAACUUAAGGAAGAACUGAGAGAGCAAAAGUUAAAAGCAAAAGAAGAAGCUGAGGAUCUUGUACAAGAAAUGACUGAGCUAAGGUACCAGAUGACGGGGAUGCUUGAAGAAGAGUGCAAUCGCCGUGCAAGUAUUGAACAAGCAUCUUUACAGAGAAUAGCUGAGUUGGAGGCACAGAAUCGGCUUUUGAUGAUUAACCUGCGGGAAGGCGUAUAUGAUUUGCAUGAUGAAGGUUCCAAGGACAUAUGGCAGUACAAGGUAGCCAAAUAUGUCAAGACGGUUGUGUUGUGAGGGUCCAAAGCUUCGGAUUUUCGUCGAUGUUCUUCAUUUUCCUUUACAAAUUUCAGCAAUGAAAAGUUAUGUUUUGGGAUUACAUUCAAAGAAAACACACUGCAUCCAGAUCUGGCCAAAACUGUGCUGGACAAUGGACAUGGUAACGUUUCUCCCCCAUAUUAUGGUUUUUGUAAGAUCAAGCACUGAAUUUAGCCAAGUUGGUUUGUAUUGCACAGAAGCUGGAAAUUGGUUUUUAUGUCCAAAUCUUGAGUUUUCAAUGAAAUGUAUAUUUCGAUUUGUUACGAUUUUGGUGAUCGUGGGACAUGCGUAUGCUCUU